AUGAAGCUCACGACGGAAAGGCUGCUCCUCGCUGCGGCGCUCUUGCUGGUGCUGGCCUGUGCGGCACCGCGGCAAUGCGCCGGACUGCCUUGGGAAGAGGCCCAGCGCGUGCUGUACAACCAGCAGCUACUACGGAGUGGUGGUGGCAACGGCGCGGCCACGGUGAACAAGCGCGACCUCAUCCUCGACUUCCCCAUGUGCCCCAACCACCCCCGUGCCGUCCCUCAAGCUUUCAUCAACCAACGCUUCAUGCCGGAGCGGCUGCGCGAGGCCAUCAAGAACAUCAGUGCUUCUUUCCAAACGGCGGCGCAGGCGAACGGGGUCCAAGCGCUGUCGGUGGGCAUCGUGUACGACCAGGAGCUCGUGUGGGAGCAGGGCUAUGGCCUCAUCGACCCCUCCGACCCCUCCUCACAAGUGGACGCGAACACGAUCUACCGCGUGGGAUCGAUCACCAAGCUGAUCACCAACAUCAUGCUCUUCCAGCUGAGGGACCAGGGCAAGCUCUCGCUCGACGACCCCGUCAGCAAAUACGUGCCGGAGUUGGUGUGGCCGACGCCCUUCAAGAACAACCCCGGCAUUACCUGGCGCUCCCUCGCCGGUCAGAUCAGUGGCCUGACGGGAGCGACACCCUGCAACUUUUUCACCAUUUUGGAGCCCUUCCUGGGCGAUGCAUGCGAGAUCUCCAACGCCGAGGCGUGGAAGCGCGUCACGGCCGAUCCGCCGUCGGUGCCGAUGUGGCAGGACCCGCAUUACGCCGACGGGGCCUACGCGAUCAUCGGGCGCGCGCUGGAGUCCGUCGUGGGCAUGUCCUACGAGGACUACAUCACCCAGCACAUCUUCAAACCCCUCGGAAUGGACAGCUCGUUCUUGGCCUACAACUCCUGGUCGGACAUGGCCAAGAGGGUGCCGCCGGGCAAAGUGGGCAACACCACCUUCCCGUCGUUUGUGGCGCACGCCGACCUCAACUGGGCACGCGCGACUGGCAACGUACCUCUGCGCCCACCGCUGUCCGCGGUGUACUCCACGGUGAAGGACCUGGCCAAGCUGGCGUCGCUCUUCAUGGUGGGCCAGGACGAGCGCAAGAACGUGCUGGGCAUCUACUCUAGCACGCUGCGCGAGAUGCUCACCCCGUCGUUCGUCAAUGACGAGCAGACGAGCGGGUACGGGUACCCGUUCGAGGUGUACCACAGCCGCGCCUUUGGCAAGGACAUGCCGCCCUACUGGGUCCGCAUCAAGGCCGGCAUGAUGCCGGGCUACUUCAGUCUGUACACUUGGUAG